AUUCAUUCUUUCAUCCAUCAGAUUAAAUAUCAACGCACAGCAAUUUAGAAGGCGCAAUUUAUCAUGUCAGGAAUCUGUAGAAGUCGUCUCGCUGAGGAAAGGAAACAAUGGCGAAAGGAUCACCCAUUUGGCUUCUAUGCAAGGCCAGACAAGAAGCAGGAUGGCACUCUGGAUCUUAUGAACUGGCAGGUCGGCAUUCCAGGCAAAGCAAAUACGCCCUGGGAAGGAGGAGUCUACAAGCUUGUGUUGAUUUUCCCAGAAGAUUAUCCUAGCAAGCCUCCAAAGUGUAAAUUUGUUCCACCACUUUUUCAUCCAAAUGUUUAUCCUUCAGGGACUGUAUGUCUGUCAAUCUUGAAUGAAGAAGAAGGCUGGAAGCCCGCUAUUACUAUUAAGCAGAUCCUGCUUGGUAUCCAAGACUUGCUUAAUGAUCCAAAUCCGGAAAGUCCUGCUCAAUCUGAAGCAUAUGUUAUGUUCAAGAAGGAUAAAGUCAGUUACGAGAAGCGUGUGCGGCAACAGGCCAAAGAGAACGCACCAUGAUAGCGCAUCACGGAGAUGAACCCAAAAGACUAGAACGAUGCAGGGGUUUAGCAUUUUCAUUAUUGAGAUAUAUUCCAUUCUCUCACUCUCUCU